GCCACUCUUAUCACCCUGCCCGUUGAUUGGCUCGGUUGCUGUCACGCGCCACGUGUUUCCAUAGGGACGCUUGGGGCGGGUAUGUAGGCGGGUGGGGCCGUCCUAAUCCCCUGAUUGGUUGGGCACCUGAGCCCGAAUCCCUGUCAUUCGCCGUCCUGAUCCUCGUGCCGCGCCCCUUUUCAAUGAGGUUAGGGUGUCACGUGAAGAGAAAGGGUGCCGGGCUGUGGCAGCGCCGAGUGCGGAGCUAUGAAGUACUAUGAGGUGAGGGGGACGAACGGAGGCCGGGAAGGGGAAGCGGUUGCGCCCCGGUGGCCGCCCUCUUGCCCCGUGGGAAAUUCUGCCCCUUGCGCUCUGACCUGAGGGGAGGUUGGUGGGUACGACGCACGCGUGGGACUGUGGCUCGCGGGGGGCGCAUGCGCGGCAAUUUGUGCCCAGGGGCGCGCGAGUGAAGGCACGCAUGUGCGUACAUCGAAUGGGUCCACAGUAGGAUGGGCGCGCGUUGGCUAAAGGAGAGCAGGAAGGGGAUAAGCUUUCUCAUUUAAUCGGCUCCAGGGUAGGGCAGUCCUUUGGUGGCACGUACUUUGCACCAUUUCUAUGCAGGACGUGCAGCCUUAAGCCUCCCAAACUGCUGGCGUGCCUAAGAGGGAGUUCUGUGACACCUGCAAGUUUGCAUAGGACGCCAGCCUCAGUUGCUCCAGUUAAAUUAUAUAAAGUACUGCCAUUAUUAUUUAUUAUUUCGAUGGUCUUUUUCGUGGGUGUUUCCUUGCAUGCUUGCAUGCUUAUUGCAGUACUUAAUUCUUUCACACUUGACGUAAUGACUUCCUGUCUCAUUUUUCUUGUUCUUAAAAUAUGAAGUGGCUAAGUGCUGCUGUUGAGAUAUAUUCCAAGCCAUUGUUUCUCUUAGGUGAGAUGUGUUUCGAUAACCAUACUGCCAUUAGAAUAUUAGAUAAGUGGUGGUUUUCUGCACAUAUACUCCUACCAUAAUAAAAAAAAAUCCUCGGCUCCGAGAUGUUCCAGGAAGAAGCUCAGUGAGUGGUCGUAGAGGAAGGAUGUUUAAAAUGCAAUAACCAUCAUUAGAAAUGUUCCCUCAUUCUUGAAAUUGCAACAUAUGCCUCUUAGUAUAGUGAUGUAUAAAUUUUGUUUAGAUCAUUUCAGAUAAAGAUGCUUGUUUCACAUGAUACUGCUACUUUAUUAUGCUGUUCUUUGGCACACAAUGUAUUUUUGAUUGCUCAAGAGAACCUGGUUCAACCCCAUCUUAUUCUCAUUGUGCAAGUCUGCCUUGAUGUGAUAAUGUUCUGGCUUGUCUAGCAGUAUUAUGGGUUGCAAAACUUCUUCACCUUCACAAUAUUUUAUUUAAAUGGGUCUGGUGUACUGAUGCAAGCAUGGAAUACUGUAUAAUAACUGAAACUUAAUAAAGUCUCUUGAAAAUGUGAACAGUGUAACUUGGUUUGCUAAGUGAGUGAAUGUGCAAAGCACUUUUCUAUCCAUCAGUAUGAAUGUGGAUCCACCUGGCUGGCUUUUUUUUCUUUUUAGACAGGUGUCUAUGUAGGAUUUACCAAUAAGUCUGGCUUCUUUGUACUGCCACUGUGUGAUUUCUAAUAAUCCUAUAGAGAGUGGAAUGUGUAUGGUGCAGUUUAUGAGUUACUGUAGUCCAUUGAACAUCUCAGUUCAGGAUUGCUCAAGGGCUUUUAUGUUUCAUCCUGAAAGUGGGAAGUAUGUGCACCUGCAAGGUGCCUGAAUAACUUGCUGCUUUUAUAUGUUAGGACUUACCCAGACUUCCUCUUGUCCCACUGCUUUCCCCCAGGGAAAACCACUCUUUAGUUCUCAACUGGAGCAAACAGUAAUUCAGUUUUUUUCUGGAUUGAUGUUUGCUCCAUUUUAGAGCUAAAGAGCAGAUUUUCUCUGGGAAAGGAGCAUGGGAAGGGCAGAGAUGCUCAGACCUGUGCCUAGAAAGCACUGGUCAAGAGGAAAACUGCUCGGACCUAUGCUUUAAGCACAGGACAAGUGGAAGUGUGAACGAGCCCUUUAAUCAAUAAGUCUCUAAUUUUGUAAGAUAAAUUGGAAUAUUCAGAAAGCUGUUCAAACAGAACUGGCACCUGGUAGUUAGAAGUAGGACUUUCUGAGACAAAUUUUAAACUAUGCUUGAUGCAUGAAUUUGAGGUAUCUUCCAUGGUGCUGAUUGUUGUCUCUUCUUGGAGAUUGGCUGUUGAGCAAGUGAGACCAUAGGUCUGUUUCCAGCCAGAAAAUUACUGUAGUUGUCUGUUUCCCAACAUCCUUAUCAGAAACACCUGCAAUUCAUGCUUCAGGCACAGUGUGUGGGAUGCAUUGAAGUUCUGCCCUUUGAUCCUACAUGCAUCUGCACAGUGGUGUAAUGUAUUGAGACACCAGAAAAAAAGAGCAAACUUAGUUGUACGAAGAGCAGGGUUAUGUUUUUUCUUUACUGCACUUAAUACUAAUGGCUGAAAAGUUCUGCAGGUUCUGUUAGGAGGCCAACUAACUGUCCAGCAUAUAAACAUAUUAUAAUCACUUUGUGUAUCUUCACUGUUCAACAGUGUAAGCCCUCCUUGGGCAUGAAAUGUCCAGCCUGGAGCUGGGUAGAAAAAAACUGGCUUUGAUUACAGUUUUCUGUUAUUCAGAGAUACAUCAGACCAGUUGUCUAUGUACUUUAAUUUUGUACAGUAUUAGCUAAUGGAGUUAUGAGUGGAGUUGAGCCAGUUCAUGGAGGUAGAGGAGGGGAAUUGCCAGCAGGGCUUUUAACUUGGUAUUAGGGUCCCUUGUUAAUCUGACCUGACCUGGAAGACAUUUAGGCCCAUGUACUUCAUUGUUUUGACUGCUAGCAAUCCGGUAACUGUGUCCUAGUGGUUUUUAAAUUGCGUUCUGGGAAAUUCUGAGUUUCCUUGGACUCUUAUGAGGUUAUUAGUGAAAAGAUCCAUAGACGAGAUUUCCUGAAAUACAGUUAACCGACCACUACUAUUCUUCCCAUACAUCAUGUAAACAUGAAAUAAUACUGUGUUCGUAGGUUGUGCUUGUUUUGUGGUAAUGGCAACACCCAACCAGCUUAGUUAGUGACCAAAUGAACCAAGUGUAUACCAAGUAGAACCCCAAAACACACCUCAGAGUCCUUUGUAGCAUAUUGGAGUUCCAUGGCCAAUACGUAGGGGUCCCUUGGCAGACAUAUCUGUAUAGAAAGGCUUCCCUGAAGGUAGAAGAUUUGAAUACAAUUAGUCUAAGAGAAUUAAAGUCUUGUCUGCAGAAUAAGUUUGAAGUGGAGCAUUUGUCGUUUUGUGUUUAUAUUGUUCUGAGACCAUGGUAACAUGUCUGAGUUCCUGCCUAGGAGACAGUGCAUUUUUUUAAAAAAAUAUUUAGGUGCUUUCAGAAUUUUUUAAAAAAACAAACAUGAUGUAGAGACUUACAUGAUUUCUUUUUUAACCGUUCUGAGCAUUUGUAACUUGAAAGUAACUGAAGCUUGUAAGGCAAGAGAGCAAAUGUUCUGCUGCAAUCUGGAGAAUGACCUGAGCAGCUAAGUCUGUCUCUUCGCCAUGAGGUCAGAGAAGCCUUUGCACCUGUUCUGUAAAUGGAUAUAUGCCUAGCAGUGCAGCACUUACUAAGAUUGGCUAUAUGUACUGCCUGCCCAACCAGCUCAGCAGUUUAUCAGAUAUACUGUAUGGUGAAUGGUCUUGUCUGGGAAGUGAGCAGGAGAAUGUUUAAUCUCGUUCUAAUAUAUUGAUGUGGAAUAGAGGAACACCCCUCCCCAGGACAAACUUGGGAUAUGUUUUUUUUCUAAAUAGACAAAUGGGCUCAGCCCUCCUGCCUCUAGUUAACAGCAUGAACAGAUCUAGUUACAUCAUGCAGGGGAGAUAAGUUCAAGCAUUUGUCUCUACAUUAUGAUUCUAUUCCUGCUGUUAGUUUAAAGUUGAGCCUUUCAUAAUUAAAAUACAAAUCUGAUUCAACAUGCUUUAUCGAAAGGGAAGGCUUGCCUAGGGUGUUACACACCGCAUUGAAUAAGAUAUUAUGUAAGUUGUAUAUGACACCCAUUUGUUAUCUUUUAAGAAAGUGGGAUGGGGAAAGGAUUCAAGGUCUGUUUCAAGCUGGAAUAUGUAGGAAGCUGUAUGCUUGUCUCCUUAGACUUUGGGUCUAGGCAGUGUACUUGUGUAUGCCUGGUAUUAAAUACAUUGUCCAAUUAACAACUGCUUGCAUUUUUUUCUAAGCCAUCUUAACUACCACUGCUUAGUCUUCAAUUACAGCUCCUUAAUAUUUAUGCAAAACUUUUAAAAAGCUGUCAAUUCAGAGACUGGAAUCUUGAUAAAGGAUCUUUGUUGCACAUGCAAAAUAAAUUCCGCCUACAAUAUUAAGGUAAAGAAGACCAAGAGCUGUUUGCAUUGGAGACAGCUUGGGACCCCCAUACACAAGGUCCAGCCAAGGGCCUAUCUCUUGCUUUUUGAUUUGUACAGGUUGGGUGGGACAUUAUGAGAUUUGCAGGCAAACAGAGCUGGAUUAUUAGGCUGAUGAGUGGGGAUUAAGUGUCUCAGCUAACUGGAGCUACACACAUCAUGUACACUGCAUAGGUCAGGAUGGGGAAGCUGCUACCCUCCAGAUGUUGGAUCUAACUUCCUUCAGUUGCAGGCAACUUGGUCAAUGGCCAGGAAUGAUCAGUUAUAGUCCUACAGCAUCUAGAGAGUCACAGGUUCCAAAUCCCUGAUACAGGAUGUUUUAAGUUAGGCUGUGACUAGAAUACAAAUAGACCUGCUUCUCAAUGAUCUAGGAUUCCUAUGUUAACAGUUACAGCAUAUAACUAAUCUGUGCUAAGCGAUGCUGGGUACGUACUCUGGCUUAAGUCCCUUGCUGGACUUAGUACAACAUUCUUUACAAGAUUUCCAGCAAUCAGAAAGCUUUAAGUAGUUCACCAGAAAUGCGUAAGCAGAUCAUGGUGUAACUCCUGCUCAUCCCUGACCCACUGGAUUUCUGCUUCUGAUCCAUUAGCUACCUACCUUCCUUCCUUUCAAGAUGGUCCCUUCCAACUCUAUGAUUCUUAUGUUUUUUACCAAGGACAACCCAUCUUUUGGAUAUGUCUGACCAGCUUUGAAAACUUGGGAGAGGAGUUUCUACAGGUAACCUGUGCAACUUUUCCUUCCUUGGAGGUGGAAGGAUAAGUUCUCUGAGUGGGUUGGUGAAGUUAGGAGCAUACUUCGUUUGCAUUUGAAAGAUAACAAUCCUACAUCUUGCAGCAACCUGCAGAUUCUUAGGAUAGUGUUUGCAGCAAUAAUGGCAUAUUAAUUCUGCAUUUCAAUGGGUAGGUUAGCUUUUCCUCAGAUUUCUGAGAGUUGAGGCACACUCUUUUUCUGAACUGAAAUGGGUGGAAAACCUAACUCCUGCAUCUGAAAAGAUUGGAUAGAAUGGGGUCAGCCCAGAAUAGUGACUUGUACAGAGUUGCCACAACUGACCUCCUUUGAAGGCAGGUAAUUCUAACAUACAUCCGUGUAUCGGGUAUGAUGACAUAAUUAGAUCACUUCUGGUCCAGUCAGCACAGAACUGCCCUUGUAGGAGGCUCACUGAAAAAGUGGUCAGGGCCUCAUGAGAGCUUUGAAUGACUUAAUUGAUUUCAUUAGUUGUUCUUUCAUCUGCGAUGCAACAUAUGGUUUGAUAAUGACUAGUGUAAAGAUCAAACGUUUAAUGUACCACACUGGUUGGAGGUAGUAUUUGAUCCUGCACAGAUCAGGGCAGAGAUGGGUUGUGCUUUUUCAGGGUUUAGCAGACAGCAAGAGUGGGGAACUUUCGGCCCUCCAGAUGUUGGUGAACAACAACUCCCAUCAGCCCCAGCAAGCAUUGUCAAUUGCCAUGGAUGAUGGGAGUUGUGGUUUAUCAACGUCUGGAGGGCCAAAGGUUCCUCACCCCUGUAAUGUAGGAAGGCUGGGAGACUUACACGCCACUUCAAGCUAACAGUUUGAACUCUGUUUAUUGGGGCAGAGCUCCCUCCCCACCAUACCUGCUGCUGCUGCCACCAGCCCUGCCCACUCUGCCACUGUCAUGAGCCCUGCUGGGCAGCAAUGAUUUCAGGCAAGAUUGUGCCAAUUUUGGGUGAGAACUCACUAAAAUGGAUGCGAUCCUGCCCCAAAUCAGUGCUGCUGGCAGAAGUGGCAGGGCCAAGUGUAUUCUGCUUCUUUAAAAUGUAGGCAUAAAAGGUAAAGGUAAAGGUACCCCUGCCCGUACGGGCCAGUCGUGUCCGACUCUGGGGUUGCGCGCCCAUCUCGCUUAAGAGGCCAGGGGCCAGCGCUGUCCGGAGACACUUCCGGGUCACGUGGCCAGCGUGACGAAGCUGCUCUGGCGAGCCUGCACCAGUGCAGCACACGGAAAUGCCGUUUACCUUCCCGCUAUAAAGCGGUACCUAUUUAUCUACUUGCACUUAAGGGUGCUUUCAAACUGCUAGGUGGGCAGGAGCUGGGACCGAAAGACGGGAGCUCACCCCGCCGCGGGCAUUCGAACCACCGACCAUGCGAUCGGCAAGUCCUAGGCUCUGAGGUUUUACCCACAGUGCCACCCGCGUCCCUAAAAUGUAGGCAUAGGGAACGCUUAAGACUGAAGUGUUAAGUGAACGUUAAUCAAAACUUUUGGAUGCUUUUGGAAGUACCACCUGGAGGCUUCCGUGGCUCUGCUGUUGAGCCUCAACCAUUUUAGUAUGGUUUUGUUUUCUGAGCUUGAAAACAGCAACUGUUAGACAUUUGAGCAGGAGUGCCCUCCUCUUAGGUGUUUGUGCAAGAGGUUUUAAAAUUAAUGAGCCUGGCUUUCCCUGAGUGAGAUCAAGAGCUUACUGAAGCAUUGCCAUUUUGGAAUCUGAAUAUGAUAUGAUAAUAAUAAUAAUAAUAAUAAUAAUAAUAAUAAUAAUAUAAUUUAUACCCCACCCAUCUGGCUGAGCUUCCCCAGCCACUCUGGGCGGCUCCCAAUCAAGUGCCAAAAGCAAUACAGCAUUAAACAUUAAAAACUUCCCCAAACAGGGCUGCCUUUAGUUGUCUUUUGAUUAAUGAUGAUAGUUUUGAUUAAGGUUCACUUUACACUUCAGUCUUAAGAGUUACCUAUGCCUACAUUUUAAAGAAGCAGAAUACAAUUCAGUAUGCUUUGUUCCAGGUACAUUGAAUGGGUGUGAAUCUCUGGGUCCUCAAAGGUUACCCUAUUUGUGUAGAAGCUGGUACAGUGGAACCUCGGGUUACAAACACUUCGGGUUACAGACUCCGCUAACCCGGAAGUAGUACCUCGGGUUAAGAACUUUGCCCCAGAAUGAGAACAGAAAUCGCGCAGCGGCAGCGGGAGGUCCCAUUAGCUAAAGUGGUACCUCAGGUUAAGAACUGACCUCCAGAAUGAAUUAAGUUCAUAACCAGGGAGCACUGUACUUUGGAAGUGGUUGGAUUGCACAAGCUGCCAUUUGUGUGUAUUUUGCAACCUGUUGAGUUUGUUUAGGCAUGUUGCAAUACACACAGUUUAAAAGAAAAUCCAGGCUUACAAUGCCUGAAGCAGUAGGAUUAAAUCUGGGAGGUCAGAAUUGCCUCUUAGCACACAUGUGUGGUUAGCACACAUUUAUUUUCUUCAGCUUCUUCUCCACUCUUCAUCUUUUGAGUAUUUAAUGCUGUUUUAUUCAGUACCUCUGUUUGAUGUGUUUUGAGUUUUUGGCUGAAAUAUUUUGUAUAUGACAUGCUCUGCAAUGGGUGUUCUUAGCAUGAUGGUAACUUAGCACUGUAAGCCCAAGCAAGGGCGGCUUUUUACAUCCACUUGCGGUCAUUCCUUAGUCUAUUUUAGCUGUUCAGGAUUUAUGUGUACACCAGAGGGUGCUCUCAGCUUAGCGUUUUGAGUAGAUGUGUUUUCGUUUUGAUCUCUUUCCAGGGUUCUCCCUUUUUCUUCUUCAGUUGCUUAGCCUGGUAUUCAGCAGCAGCAGCCGCCCCACUGCAGAUGGAUACAUUUACGUAAACUAAAGAAACAAGAGUCCUUAGGCUGCGGUCACUGUGCAUUUAAAAUGUCUGUCCCACUCUGGUUAAUGUAGUUGGGACCUUUGCCAAGUCUGUCAGCGUAACUUUGGUUUGCUUUUUGUGUUGUCAGAAAUGAAAUUGUGCCAGUUUUCUGCAUCUGAUGACAAAGCUACAAAAUGUCUGGUCUAAAUGACAGCAUUCAGGCCUAUGUGGAUGUAGAGGUCACACCCAUAUCAUACAUGAAUAGCCCAGUCGGUAGAACAUGAGACUCUUAAUCUUCGGGUUGUGGGUUUGAGCCCCAUAUUGGGUGAAAGAUUCUUGAAUUGUAGACCAGUUAACUCAUGGUCCCUUCCAACUCUACAAGUCUCUGAUUCUGCCAUUUAAAGCAUAUUUAAAGCACGUGCCUUCUCCCCAGAAAUCCUGGGGACUGAAGUUUAAGUGGGCUGGGAAUUGUAGCUCUGUGAGGAGUAAUCUACAGUUCCCAGGAUUAUUUGGGGGGAAACCAUGGGCUUUACAUUUAUGGAGCAGAUGUCAGCCUAGAUGCUGUGUGAAUGUCUGCUGCUUCACUAUAGGAGCUGCUGCUACUUUUAUUAUCAUCCAAGUCUCUGUCCUUUUGAAAUGCAGGCAAAAAUCUAAAACUUGCCCAUGAAUGCGCUAGUUGGGCUGUGGCAAUGCGAGAGCAGGAUGCUGGACUAUAGAUGGUCCUUUUGUUUGAUCCAAGAGGGCUCUUUGUGUUCUUAGGCUCAUUUCAACUUUCAGCUACUUCUGUAUAUUCAACUCCUACAUCUGCUUCUGUAAUAAUUCUAAAGCCAGAAUUGUGUUGCAGAUACCAUCACCAGUUAAAACUUUGAUCCUCAUAUGAACCAUACUUCUUACUUAGUCUUUUUAAAACUUUAAUUAUAACUCAUUCUAACCAGUGUGUCAAGAGUGGCUAACAAGAGUGGCUAUAUUACUAGAAGCACAGAGGAUACUGAUUUCAAUUUUGCUUAACAUAUGAAGCAAGUACAGUGCUGUGUUUUACAUUAAGUCUAAAGCAUUAGUUUCUCCCCUCCCUCCAAUUUUCUCUCCUAUUUGACUUCUGUCCCAGGCCAUCCUGCUGUGACUGUGAUACCUAAAUGAAUGGCAGGCACCAUCUCACUGCAUCUCAAUGAUGCACCCAUCUGAAAGCUGUUAAAUAUUUCCUAGGCCUUCUUGGCUGUUUGCCCUGCAGCUUACAAGUCUUGAAACUGGGAGGCCACCACUAACUUAUUUCCACAUCUUCCAUUAGUACUUGUCUGUAUUGUCACAUGUUGACUGCGUUGUUAAGGGAGUUCCAUACUUCUCCAGACCAUCUUUUUCUUACGGCUCCAUUAAUAGCAGAAUUGUAGCUGUUUGGAAUGCUUUCAUUGUAAACUUGCCAGGCUGUCAAGACACUUAAAUAGAUAACUUCAUAGGAGUUAUUUUUGUAACUGGGUGUAUUAUAGGAGUAACACAAUACUGACAUGCCACUCAGGUGUGAAAUGUGCAUGUGUUGUCUUUUCAUGGUGAUCAGGAAUUUUAUGGCUGUAUUUCCAGGAUAAACUACCUGGGAGAUCUGUAAAGAGCCUGAAAUAGUAUCUGCUAUAUUUUUGGAAAGAGGUUUGCUGGUUUGUUUGUUCUCUGUAUAUUCAGACACCUCUUGAGAGAUUAUUCUUGAACAUGGCACAAGGGUUUCCGAGUUGGGGCGGCGGUCUUCAUCAGUGUUUGGAUGCCAGGAGCCAUUUUGAAACAAGCUGGCAGACCAAAACAUGACUUUGCAUUGAUGUCACCCAGUUUUUGGCGUGACAGAUCCAAACUCACAAAUGGCACUAUCAGUUUAAAAAUCACAAUCUUUUUUGGUUCCUAAAAAUACCUGGGCAGCUCCGGGCACUCCCUGCUAGCAACAAAUAAAACAAUGAAAUAUAACAACUAUGGGCUGUAAUUUUGUGUCCUUUGGAACUGAAGUAGACCAUGGGCCAAAACUGUAUCAAUCAUUUACCUUGUCUGGCAUAAAUACAGUGGUACCUCGGUUUCUGAACAGCCCUGUUUACGAACUAUUCGGUUUAUGAACUCCGCAAAACCGGAAGUAGUGUCCCAGUUUGCGAACUUUACCUCAUUAGGGAAAGCGCGCCUCGGUUUAAGAACGGUUUCGGUUUAAGAAUGGACUUUUGGAAUGGAUUAAGUUCGUAAACCGGGGCACCACUGUACACCCAUUUCUUGUGUCUUAGGAGUCAUUAGAAGGGACAGAAACAGCAAGCAAACAGUGUGACACACAUUGGAGUUGUUAAUAUUUUCAAUCAGUGGGGAUUAAGGGAUGCAAUUACCACAUUUUUGCAGUGUCUUCAGUUACACUUGAGGGUGGGAAGGGGGAAACCCCUUAAUUUCCCUGCUCUGAUUCUCUUCAUGCUCAGCUUGGGCAGCUGUGAAUGCACAUGUACAAGUAUGAGAGAGAUUUCAUAGUAAGUAAGCUAUGAGUUGACUGCCAGUUGCUCUACUUCGUAUUGCACCACAGCAAAAUCAUUGUUGCUAUGUGUCCAAUGAAAUGCAGAGCUGGAGAUAGCUGCUGACCUUUCUGGGGUGAUUUCAUUUGCCAUGGUCUCUCUACGCCCCUUGCCAGUGAGUGUGGCAAGUAGGCUAUUUUGUCAUACAUGGGUUCAAUCCAUUCCAGAGAGGGAGGUAGUAGACAAUUACAGGAAUGCAUUAAAUAGCUUUCAAGUUCUCUGUUACCUUGGGCAAACAGUGCCGCUAUAUAGCCUCCAAAAGUCAUCUUUUAAACCUCUCUCCGUCCUGAAACUUAAAAGUCUAUUACAUGGUUGUGACUAUUCGGGCUCAGAGAUUAAGUUUGGUGAUCUGUUAAUAUCUUAACCAGUUAAUUCCUGGUGAUUUUUCAGGCAAAUAUAAUAUGCCUUUUUUCUUGUGAGAAGAUUCCCCCCCCCCCCCGAAAUAUACUUUUCCUCAUGCCGAGCUAGAGAACUCUUCAGCCCCAAACAGCCUCUGUGGACAGAUUUCACAUAAGCUUGACAAGUUUGCAAGUUUGCACAUUCAACCCAUCCAUGGAAGGGAUGCUUUAAAGAUUAUCUUAUGUUUUCUGGGAUACACACUGAUAUGAAUUAAGUACCAGCCUCUGAGCCACACACUGGGGAAAUGCCCUCCCCUACAUAGGUUACACGCCUGUUCAUACAUUCAUUUUGCUUUCCACUGCAUUCUUAAUCUCAAGCAAUUUAUAAAGAAUGAUCUGAGGAGAGAUUUCAACAAACUCCAUCCUUGUUUGCAAAGGCUCUUGCAUAAAGCAGUAGUCUGUGGCAUAAGCCAACCUGGUUUAUACUAGCUGUUCAGAUAUUGCUUUCCUUUGCCCCCCCAACCCCCCCAAUCCUUAGUUACUUACCAGGGCUUAUUCAUGUUGGUGGGGUUCUUCUUCCUUCUUUCCUGGUUUGAUGGCAAUCUGUUUGCUUCCCCAUCAGUGGUAUCUGGGAGGUCUGCAGUCCUGCUGCAUUUGAAGGCUGCAGUGUGUUGCUUUGAAACUUUUCACCAUUUCUUUGACAUCCUGAUUCUUCUCUGGAACGCUGCUUCUACUGUGAAUAGUCCAUCACGACACCGUGCAUUCUCCCUGCGCAACUGAUAGUUGUUCACAACAGCUUAAUAUGGUCAGCGUGAUCUGUGUGCUGCUUCCCCUGGAAGAAAUUCUUUGUUCUAGAAGCUCUGAGCCAUGAGAGUGACCAUUCCAGGCUCUGAGGCACAGUUCUAUUAAUACCUCUGUUUGGAACUGGCCCUUACUAUCUGUUGAAAGUGCUGAACAGACUCCAAAUUCUUGUUGUCCCACUCGAGACAGCUUCUAACUUCACAGAGGCCAUGAACUUCUAAACUGAGUAGGAGGCUGGAGGGGAUGGCACUUUUGAAUCUAUCUGUGGAGAAUGUAACCUAUGGAAAAGUCUACUGUGUUAGGUUUGUAGCUUAUCUAGUCCAGAAUCUGGCCACCAUCAAUGACCUGUUCUGGAAGUAUAGAAUACCACAAGGCACUAUUGGUGUAUUUUGGUCCCUGUUUAUCACCACUUCUAGCUAGUGUUAGAAAUUCCCCGGGCACCAGACACAUUUUGCAUCUGGUAUGGUUUCAGUUGCAACCAUGUGGAGAUCUUUGGAUGCCAGGUUGGCAACUGGACAUCUCCACCCAGCUGGCCCCUCCAGCUCUCUUAAGCAGGUAAGCAGAAUAGCUUAUUUAUUUCAUAUAUAUCCCACCUUUUUCUCCAAGGAGUACAUGGCCCAUCCCCUCCUCAGUUAAUCCCUACAGCGACCCUGUGAGGUGGGUUAAGAAGUUGUGACUGGUGCAAGGUCACCCAGUGAGCUUCAUGACUGAGUGGAAAUUUGAACCCUGAUCUCCCAGGUCCUAGUCUGACACUCUAACUACUAUACCAAACUGUCUUCCAAUAGUACUUCUGCUAUGCGGUAGCUAUAUAAAUUAAGUUGGUAAAUAAAUAUGGGGGAAACAAUAUUUCACUUAGGGAAGGAUCUGAAAUAUUUUCCUUGAAGCAUGAAUUUGUUUUAUUCUGGUUUUAAUGUUUUGUAAACCACUUUGAGAUUUUUUGCUUUAAAAUAUAAAGCAGUAUUGAAAUGAAUUGGAAAAUAGUAAUAAUAGCAACAAAUCUCACCAGGGAAAAAAUGGUGCCUAGACAACCAUUGUGGCAACCGCAACUUAGGUUUAAGGUGCCAUUUGGUAAUUAGCUUAUAUCUGAGUUUCUAUCACUGCUUCUAGUCUGAUGAGAAGCAAGAUUUUCAUAACUAAUUUACAAAGGGGCCUAUCAUGCCAUUGGGUCACAAAUGUGCUUGAACCCACACAAUGAUACAUUGGACACCAGCACACACAGGCUUUUGUGUUCUCUGUGUCUCUUAAUGCUAUUGCUUUGAUAGCACAAAGGCUGGUUUACCUUGACCCAGGCAUGGGGGUGGGGGUGGGGAUGUGAAACUGCAUCUUAAGGCUCAGGAGCAUCUUCAUCAGCUUUCAAAUGACACCUUGUUGAGCAGUCCAGUUGUGCGCUUUUAAUAUUUUUGAGUAAAAUAUGAUCUCUGCAGCCUGGUAACCUUCCUAAAUUUUGGCUGCAAGAGCAAAGUGGUGAAAACAAUAUGGGGUAGCCAAUAUGGUAUGCUGCAGAAGUGGGGAUCCAGCAACAACCCCCAUCAACUCAGCCAGCAUAGCCAGCGGUCAGGGAUGUUGGGAGUUGUAGCUCUCUUCAAGAUCUGGAGAGCAUUAUGUUGGCUAUCCCUGCUAUAAGAAAACAGUCUGUUUAAUUCAAACAUACAGAUUACAAGCCAGUUGUGUUCCAGGCUCAAUUUAAGGAUAGACUGAAAUAUGUUUUCGUGCAAUCUGAUAUGGCAAUUGAAGGAAAUCAAAGCCUCUUAAUUCACUUCUGGUUAUGAAAUGUAUUAUGACAAUUCUUCCCAGAAUUUAAACUGGGAGAGGAUUUGCACUUCUUCAUAUUCAAUAGAUACUCUCUGUUGUCCGAUAUUGUUAUGAGAUAACUGCAUCCUCUUGGGCAUUACGUGCCUGACAAAGGAAUCACAGAGGGCCUGCCUUGCUAUCUGCCAUUUGUCCAAGAAGAUCUGAGCAUCAUGGAUAGACCUAUCCUUCAUGAACCUAUCGCUUUUUAAAAGCCACCUAGAUUAGUGUCACUCACAUCCCGUGGCAGGAAAUUUUAUAACUUAACAAUGCAUGUUGUAAAAUGCUACUGUCUUUUGUCUGUGCCUAUCAGAUUUAUUGAAUGAGACUGAAUGUUUGUAAUUUGACAGGAAGAAAACCCUUUCUAGCCACAGCAUUCAUUCCAUCACAGCCAUACUUUGCUGCCCAUUCUCUAAACUUAAAAAAUGCUCAAAACAGUUUAACCUUAGUGGAAAAGCUCAGAAUAAUGUUGUCGAAGAGGGAGCUGAAAAAGUUGAAUAAUGUUGUAAACAUACAUGUUUUCAGACCCAGGAACCACUUUAAACCCAAACAUGCAUUUGGGGACCAGUUUCUUGAUAUGUUUGCAUGAUGGUAGUGCUCUUGUUGCACCCACCUUGAAUCAGACCACAAUCCACUAGUAGGCCUUGACCCACCAGUUGAAGACAAAUGCUUCAGAGUCUUUUGUGCAAUUCUAUCUCCUUCCUUGGAAGUUUUUAAGCAGAGCCUGGAUGGCCAUUUGUCAUGUAAGAUCUAGUUGAGAUUCCUACAUUGCAGGGAGUUGGAGUAGAUGACCUUUGAAGUCCCUUUCAGCUCUACAAUUCUAUGAUUCUAACAGGUGCAUAUGUAAUAAUUUGGGUAAACUUAUUUAAAACAGACUCACCUUGAAUGAGGGUUUUUUGGGGGGGACUCAGGAAAUGAUGCCUAUUUGUGUUGUAUUUAGUUAGUUAGUUCAAUUCAUGAGUCUCUUAGUAAAAAAAUAUUCUAGGUAACAGGUUUAUAUGCAGUCUCUUUGAAAAAAGAUAUCACAAGGUGGCUUACAGGUAGUUAUGGCAAUUAACACAAUGAACAGUGAAAAUCAGCUAUAAUGUCAAAACUGUGAAAACUAAUGAGAACAACACAGUUUAAAACUGAAGCAACAAGUCAGCAAAUACAUAAAUCAGUUGUAAAAAAAAUAUUUUGGAUUAAAAAUAAGUUUUUAAAGUCAUGCUUCAAAGAAUACAACCAAGCUGUCCUGUUAGCACAAGGACUUCCACCUGUGCAGUGGGACUUCCUUUCCUCUCCCUGUGUGCCCUCCCAAUCUCUCGGGGAUCCUUCCAGAGCAGAUUUGGAGUUGGGAGAGGAAGACUCAUUGUACAGGUGGAUGUCCUUGCAGGAACAGGACGACUUCGUUGGCUACAACCCUUGGAAUCCCAGUAGUCACACCCUUUACAAUACAGGGGGUCAGAAUGCUUGUUAUUCAUUUAUAAACACGAAACAUCGCAAAUUCCCAUAGAUGACAACUCCUGCUAAUUAUUCUGAGGGGCAGGGCUCAUAUAUGUCUCUAAAGUCAACUUGGACAUGGAUCAUCUCUUAAUAAUUAUUAGCGCUAUAGUGGACUCUCUGUAUAAAUGAGAUGAACUGAGUGGUGCAGUCUUUUUUGGGGAAGAGAGAGAGAGAGAUGUUUUCAAAAACUUACUGGUAUGAGUUGACUGGUCAAAAGGCUGCUUGUGAGAAGUUAUAUGCUGGACUCAGUUUUAUAUUUAGCUGGGAAUGGUAGCAGUUCAACUCCCAACACUUAUCGGCUUACGCCUUGGAACGCAUCCUGCAGAACAGACUAGAAGGGAACCCCUUCUAGUGUGUGCUGAGCUGGAUCUUACUUGAAGGGCUGAGUCUGGAACUUUAGUCUUGACUUUUUUAAAAAAUAAAAAGAAUACUGGGCAAUUAGCUCCUCUUGAGAAACAAGUUUGUUUGCUGACCAGGAGAAGGUCCACAUGUAGCUAGGAGAGAAACCUGUGGUGGUGAUUCCAGCUCUUGAUUGUCCACGCCCCUGAGGAUUUCCUGCUGUGUGAAGAGGCAUGGACGGGACUUUGGUUCAUGUUGAGGGGUGUCCACCCCUUCAAAGAAGUUUCAAUGAAAUAGGAGCCAAGCCACAUAAGAAAUCUAAAAGGGGUGUUCUUUUUUUUGAGGUGGAGAUUCUGGAUGCCAAGACCCGGGAAAAGCUGUGCUUCCUGGACAAGGUAAGGUCUCUCUAAUUGCUCUCACUGAACUUUAUAACUUGAUAAAUAACUGGGGAAGGCACUGGGAUCUCAGGGGGUAAAGCAGGAGUUGCCCCCUUGUUUAAUACUAAAAUCUACCAAAGACCUGUAUUGCCAGCUAGAGUGUAAAUAUAUAUUAAGACGGGAAAACUAACUGGCUGUCCUGUCUUUUGGAUGACUUCUGAUAACUGUGAGAGAGGCAGUAGUUAGCAUUGAUUGGAGAGGAUGAUCAAUUGGAAAAGGCUUCAUGUUUAGAUAUUUCUCAGAAUUGAUCCAUUAAAAUGUUUCCUCUCAACUACACAUGCAUCCAAAAAAGAGAUAAAUGACUGCUGGCAUUUCUUUCAUCUGUCCACAUUUCCCAGUGCAUUGAAAAGUAGAUGUCCUCUCUUUUCUGCUAGAAAGGAUGACUAGAAGUCCCCAUUUCCACCUCCCAAUUUUAAUAUUUAACUAGCAGCAGCUAGACUGGUGACUGGGAGUGGCCACUGAUACCAUACCAUAUAGCACCGGUCCUGAGAUACCUGCAUUGACGCCUAGUACGUUUCCAAGCACAAUUCAAAGUGUUGGUGCUGACCUUUAAAGCCCUAAACAGCCUCGGUCCUGUAUACCUGAAGGAGCGUCUCCACCCCCAUCAUUCAGCCUGGACACUGAGGUCCAGCACCAAGUGCCUUCUGACGGUUCCCUUGCUCUGAGAAGUGAGGUUACAGGGAACCGGGCAGAGGGCCUUCUUGGUAGUGGCACCUGCCCUGUGGAAUGCCCUCCCAGUGAUAAGCAACUAUCUUACUUUUAAAAGACAUCUGAAGGCAGCCCUGUUUAGGGACGUUUUUAAUGUUUGAUGCUGUAUUGUGUUUUUAAUAUCCAGUUGGAAGCCACCCAGAGUGGCUGAAGAAACCCAGCCAGAUGGGCAGGGUAUAAAUAAAUUAUGAUGAUGAUGAUGAUGUUGAUGAAUGUGACAUUUAUCAUUAUUAUAAAUAUGUGGUACUUCUGCGUGACUUGUGGUCCUGUGGGGCAUCCUUCCUCACCUUGAGUCCCCAGAUGUUGUUGGGCUACAGCCUCCACCAAGCAUGGCCAAUAGUCAGGGAUGAUGGCAGCUGGAGCCCAGCCACUUCUGGGGAGCACAGUUGUGGAUGCUUCUCAUGGAGGCCUUCAGUGUGACACCCAUGGGUGCCCACCCCACCCCCAAAUGAAUUUUGCUCUCCCUGCUCUGGGAGGCAUGUGAGUUAUGCUCUUCCCAGCUCACCCAAAAAAUGUGUGGUGGGGCUGUGAAGAAUGCAGUGUAUGUGGGGAUGGGGGAUACUGGAAGAAUUGUUCCUGCAAGCCAUCCUUCCAUGUAAAUUGCUUUCCCCCUUGCCUGCCAAACAGCUACCUGGCAGUCAGGCUAGAGGGGAGCAUCAUUGUUAUAGGACAUGAGUGAGAGGCCCAGCCACCACCAGAUCACACCUCUCCUGGCUCGGGUCACACCCCCUGGCAAGUGGCCAAGUUGCCCGUCCAUCCUCACAUGUGGCCUGCUAGGACAAACGGUUGCCCACAUUUGCUGCAAAGUACAAGAUUCUUACUCUUAUUCAUAAGAAUACCACCCUGCCCAUCUGAGUGAGCUGCCCCGGCCGAUCUGAGCGACUUCCAAUACAUAUAAAAACAAUAUAUAACAAGCUGGCUCCCAGUUUUCUCUGCAGUCAUGAGGUAUAGCUAGAAAGGCCUGAGCUGGAUGUGUUAAGGAUCCUUUAAGCCUGAUCUGUUGUCAGAUGUUUCUGUAGGGGGGUCUUAAAGAGUAUUGCUAGCUGGCUGUUACUAAAUGAGCUGGAGUUUUUCAGGAGGCCAGCAAGUGUGACACACACCACUGUACAAAUGUUCACGCCUUUAAAUCCUCACUGACAGCAGCUGCAGGGAGGUGGAUAUCCGCUGUAGCUGGGAGAGGAGGGCCUUAAGCCUUCUCUUCAUAUCAGGCUGUUUAUUUAAAUAAGUUUCCAUUCUUACUAUUGACACUUGGUAUGUCAUUGACUUGAGUUGCUAAUGUUGCAGGAAGAAAGAACUUUGCUAGCUUGAACAGCUUUUGUCACUGCAGCUAAAUGCUCCCACUCUCACAUGGUGUCAAAACCACUGAAUGAGUUGGGGAAGUUAAUUUUUGAGAUAACAGGAUCAAAUAUGUAAGUGGGUGUGCACACCUGUGCCAUGUGCUAAAUAAGUUGGCUGGCUAGGAUGAACAAAAGCCAAUGAGAUUUCUUCUAUUAAAAUAUAACAUCAUAACGAAAUUUGUUUUCAACCAGAUUAGUUUUACAAACAUGUUUUGGAAGCUGGCAGAAUCAACUGUUCUUUAGCAUGCAUGUGCAUACAUUUGUCAAUAAGGCAAGAUCUCUCUCAUAUGUGGUUGCUACUCAUAGAUGCCUUCACUUUGCUGAUGAAAUCAGUUUAUAGAUUUGCCCCGCAUAAACCACAGUAGAGAGACUACAAUGAGACCCCACCCAUGUUUCCCUCUGACUCUGCUCUCUGCUUCUUUUGACCCCACGCAUGGUCAGCAUGAGGCCCCUGGCAGCUCACCCAUGAGGGAAUGUAACCCCAGGCAGGAAACAGGUUGCCCACCCCUGGUUAAUGUGGCACCUAGCAGCAGCCAUGACUACCCCCCUAAGUAUUGCCUCAUUCACCAAUGGGUUUGGGCUGCUGUUCAAGAUGCAUCAGUUUGGGCUGCUUCUUGCUUUGAUUGCUGAAUGACAGGACUCCAGUGUUGGGUCUCCAGAAAUCUCUGCUGCAGACUGCCUGCACCCAUCUAUUUGGGCCACAUAAUGUACUGUAAGAAUCGACAGCAGAGCGGUCUGUUAUGGCCAUAGAGGCCUAUAAAAUGACCACUGAUGUGCUAAGUGUCUGUCAUGCAAGAAGGAUCAUAUUCGUGAUGUGGUUGCAUUGCUGACUUGUAAAUUUCAUUAGACUGGCUCCAAUUAAUCCCAUCCAAGCUCUUGGGUUGGCUGGCUUGUAGUCAGCCACACUGGCUGUAGCCUCCUGUCCUGCCAUUCUCCAAACCAGUCUAAACAGCUACUGCUGUUAACCUUACUAGUGCUUUAACAGGUCAGUUUUCAUAGCCCCUAGGGCAUUUGUUAAGUUCUUGCAUAGUUGUGCUGGCUCUGAGAAUCGGCCUUGUAAGGCAGAAGAGAACCAUACCUCCCCACUGGGAGUUGGACUUCAGCUGCCUUAGACACCCUACACCAGCACCUGCUUGGAUUGGCUAUGAUGGUGGACACGCCCUUCUGAAAUGUCAUCAUCUCCUCCUUCACCUCUCUCAAUUCCUUGCAUACCAGGAGGCUUUCUGCACAAGGAAGGGAAGAGGAACACUGUGUUUGUUUUGAGCUGUGUGAGAUUCCUCCUGGGACACAGGGAAAGAACACAAGGAAAUUGCAGGGGUCUCUAUACUGCCAACUGUAAGCUUAUAUGCACUUUGUUGCACAUGUGGACUGGAAUUUUGGGCUUAUUAUAAACAAAAGAUUGUAAAAGCCAUUCCUCGUUCAUGUGUUCGGUGAAUUUCUGCAACAUAAUUCUUACUGUGACAUCUGGAGCUUUUGAAUUUGGAAAUACUCUCAGGACUAGGGCACUCGCUGAAUCCUUGUGUCCCCUUUUGUAAAGACACAAUGGGGUCAGUUUAGGGAACUGUAAGGCGGGAAGAAGUUUCAUUCCCUGGUUUGAUGCAAGCUCCACUUCUUGGUUCUAAGCCUUUGCAGAAAUUCUCAGUGUGAUUACAUCCCUCUAGCUGAAGCUGCCUCAUAUCAGAAAUGAUGUCACAGGUGCUAGCCAGUAAGCUGCUAUCAAAGCUGCGUAACAAAGCUAAAGAAAAGGGGGCCUGGGUGUGGCCACUAAGGGCGCAUCGGAAGAUGGCUGACAAUAACAUCUCUCCGACCCACGUGAGGUAAUUAAGAGGCUGUGAUGGGAGUAAACAGCCUCCCGGCCCCCCCAAGGGUGUGGGGGGGACUGCCCUUGCCUGCUGUGCCCUAUACCACCCCCGAAUUUUGUGGGGGUGGGGGCACUAGGCAGAAAGCCCUUGUGUGGAUUUCGGCGCUCCUGGAUGCUGUCUCUGAUCCACGCCACUAGCUGCAGGAACUUCAAAAGAAACAAUUAGGAGGAAGCUAAUGCACAUAUUUCAAGGAAGAAGGGGGAGUAAAGACUGCUAACUGAAGAGAUCUCUGAUAAACAAGACGGGUCGGAGGAACAAGAAUAAAUCAUGAGAAGACACACUAACGCUCGGUAUGUUCGGCAACAGGACUGGAUGGGGGAGGGGGGAAAACUUUCCUUUCUUUUCUCUAUGUGAUUAACCAAGAAUCCCCCCCCCCAAGUCACAAGUCAGAAAUGCCGUUUAAAUGACUUAAGCUGUGGAUUUAAGGCUGUGUGGAGAUAAUUUUCUAACCAAAGCAUGUUCUAAGAAGACCGUGGAAAGCAUAAGAGCUUUGGAAUGACGCAGCAAAAAAUAUUGUCGCCAUCUUGGCAAGUUCCAUCGAAAAAUUUAUGUCUGGGAGGAGGAAAGGUCUGUUUUUAUAUUGUGGGUGAUCCUCCUCAGUGGGACUAAAAUGCAACAGACUUGCGAGAUUAAUGAUGGAAAGAGUGCUGUUAUUUAUGAAAGUGAUGAUACAGUGGUGCCCUGCAAGACGAAUGCCUCGCAAGACGGAAAACCCGCUAGACGAAAGGGUUUUCUGUUUUUGAGUUGCUUCGCAGGACGAAUUUCCCUAUGGGCUUGCUUUGCAAGACAAAAAUGUCUUGCGAGUCUUGAGAUUUUUUUUCCGCUCCCCCCCCCUUUUCUAAGCCGCUAAGCCGCUAAUAGCCUUUUAGCAGCUAAGCCGAUAAGCCUUUAAUAGCCGCUAAACCGCUAAUAGCGCUAAUCCGCUAAUCCGCUAAUAGGGUUGCUUCGCAAGACGAAAAAACCGCUAGACGAAGACACUCGCGGAACGGAUUAAUUUCGUCUUGCGAGGCACCACUGUAUAUGGAAACCAUCUGGAUAUGAUGACUGGAUGAACGGAAAAAUUCACACAGGAUUAUAAUUGGUGUUUACUUGCUUAAGGAGAUUAUCAGAAGAGAUCAUAAAGAAAAAAAGAAAAAUAUACGAACAAGAUGAGAUGUGGAAACAGCAAGAAAAGACUGGAUAGAAUUAUGAACAUUAUUUGGACAGAUUUGUGGAUAUUAACGCAGCAACAAGAAGAUGAUCGGAAUCCCCCUUCGGAACUUGAAAUAUGGGUCACCCCAACAAAAAUUUAAAAUUCGGCUUUGUAAUUCGGAAUUUAUGUGAUGUGAUUUGAUUGGUCGGUUAAUAAAAAUUAUUUUAAAAAAAGAAAAGGGGGCCUGAAAGUGGCUGGAAAAGGCUUAUCCUCUGUGCUUCACAGAAGGAUGCAAAACAAGUGACAACACAAAGAGAGAAACACGUACACUCUGUAUACAUUUUAUUAGACAGGAUUGGCUUAGUCUGCCGAUUGGGGAGCCCCCUCCUAUGUCUGUCUCUGUGGCCACUUCUGUUACAGUGCUAUCUUCUACUGCUCUCCUCUCUGUGGACCUUCUUCACAAGGCAAGUGGCAAACCACCUUACAAGUAUCUGUAGAUAAUUAAUAUUGUUGGGGCAAAAGCAAGAGGAGGCAGCUCCCUAAGAAGUGACAGCCAGCAGUGAGAACAACCUGCUACAAAGAGAGUUCAGACUGUCUGAGUCCCAGCUCAUGCUGCUUACUUAGACGUAACCCAAGACCUGAGCGUCGCUUCCCAGGUUGUGUUGCUUUUUGAAGCUUCUGGAGGUGCUGAUCCAUGCUUGGCAACUGCUCUGGAAUCCUCAUACAUUUCUCUUGCUUUAAUUUGAAAGCUGAGUUGGGUGUUCUCAAGCUCACACAUCAGCUGUCUGAGGGACAGUCCAAUGGCUUCUUCUUGCAACAUCUCCAUUGCUGGAAGAGAAGUGUGUGUGUGCGCGCACACACACGUGUGCACAGAUGUAGGACAGAGACAGCUCACUUUUACUUCCAUUGUCAAGGUGAUGUAUGGCUUCCAGUGGCUAGAAAUAUCAUGUGGGAAAGCAGAUUUACUGGCAAAGAGAAUGCAGACCUAGUCUUUUAUGGCCAGAAAUGGCUGUAUAAUGACCAGGUUGCUGCUGUUGCCGCUUCUGUGAAGUGAGGGACUGAGAUUCUGUUGAAGCAGUUUUUUGAAUUAAGGGUCUGGUGCUGCCUGCAACACUUCUCUUGAUUGACUCAGGGGUCCCUGGGUGGAAAGCUUCUCUCUUUCCUAGUGUGAGGUUCAGGGUUCAAAAUUGCCAGGAUGCAAACACCUCAAAAAGUCUGGGUGUAAUUUUUUAUGCCUGGUUGACACUCGAGGAUUACUGAAAUGUAUGUGCUUUGAAGCCUUGAAGUAUAUGUUAAGGAUAGGCAAUAUGUUAAGGAGUUUAACAAUAAAGCAUAGCGUGUUUUGAAAACGGAAGUUUGGUACCAAUAUUUUUAUUGAAAACAGCAAAUUAAACAUGUAUUUACAUUUCUGUUAAAAAUGUGAUAUUAACAAUAUGUCACUUAUGUGAAUUGCGUAGUAGUUCAUGCUUAUCAAAAUAAUAACUUAAAAGUGUUGCUGACACACCCCUCCUGGCGACUAGACAUAUUUUUGGCAUCCACAACUCAGGACCCAGGAGCCACUUGGCUCCUAGCUUUUCUAUCCCUUUUCUAUCUGUCUAACACUGGUGAGGUUGUACCCUGGAAUCAAACCAGUUUCCUCAAGCAUGUAAAACAUAAGCUGUUCCACCCACUUAAGAUGCAAGUGUAGGACUGCUCUGCUUGAGGCUGUCUUCUCCUGCCCUUGUUCCCUGGGUAGAAGGUGCUUAGAUAGAUGGGCUUUAUUCACUCUUUAAUCAUAUACGAUGUUGUGCUCUGGUUCCCUGAUUUCCUUCCUCUGCUUUCUUUUCAGGUUGAGCCCAAUGCCACCGUAAUAGAGAUAAAGAACCUCUUCACUAAGUCCCGUAUGUAUGGCGCAUGUAUCCUUGUGUGACUCCUGCCUGAACACACGUAUCAAAGCAGACCUUUUAUUGGUUUUGCCCGUUGUCAUUUCCUCACUCGUACAGUGGGACUGGCCCUUGGAGGGAGGGAGCGUUGAAAGUGCUGAGCUGCUUGCUUCAUGAGUAAAGCUUGCCUCCUGACACCCUCGUCAUGCCAUUUUAAUAAUAUAUCCCCAAAACUACUAUUGUCAUGCGUUUUCCCUGUAAUUGAAAACAACUUCUGGAGGUUCGGAUUCUGAACUUCCAUUUUUAUCUCUGUGGACUUUGGAGAAAGGAAGCUCUUUGCUUUUACCCAUGUUGGCUUGUUUCUUGAUUUGUUGUAUUUCCGAUGGUGCUGUAAGGCAGCUAAGCAACAGCAGCAUACAAAAUACAACAAAGUAACAGUAAAAAAUAGACUAUUUUAUUUUACCUGCUGCGGAAAAUGGAGGAACUUUCUCCAGUCAGGAAUAAGUCUCCUUUCUGAAACCCUGAGAAGGCAGGGCCAGUCAAUGUACAUACACAGCGCUGAGCCAGAUGAAGCAAUGUGCAGCUUUCUUUCCCCUUUUUCUCUUUGCAGAUCCUCAGUGGUAUCCAGCCCGGCAGUCUCUGCGACUGGAUCCCAGUAAGUUGGUAUAUUACAAAGCCUUCUGAUAUUUUUCAUGCCUCAAUUUUGCGGGCAGAUUGUCUUAGCUAGGAAGUUAUGGGGGAAGGAAGUGGGGCUGGUAGACUAUACUGAUAAGAGUUACCGAGUCUUUGACCAGAGGAUGCAACAGACACAGGAAUUUCUGGCCUUGGGAAUUCUUAUGAGGGGCAUGCAUGAAAGGCUAUAUAAUUCUGCAAGAAGCUGUCAUUUCUUGGACAUCCAGAUUCAUGGGUUUGGUGAGGACAUAAUUAAAGCAUCCAUCAUCUCCCUUGGAGCCUCGCUGCCCCUCCUUGGUCAUGGCUUCCCCUCUCUGAAUAUUAGGCAGACAGAGCUUCUCAGACAUGUGACCAAUGAAGUAGCCACUUCAGUUUGGUAUCCCAGCCAAGGUGCCCAUGGCAGCUGUAUUGUGAUUCCUCCUUUCUUUCAGAGGGGAAGUCCCUAAAGGAUGAAGACAUCCUUCAGAACUUGCCGGUGGGCACCACAGCAACGCUGUAUUUUCGAGACCUGGGAGCACAAAUCAGCUGGGUGACCGUAAGUGCGCCUCUUCCUUCCCCACAACAACCACACGGCCUUCCCAUGCCCUUGGUUUUUCUCCCCUUCCCUCAUCCUGCCUUCUUCAUUUUAGGUCUUCCUCACAGAGUAUGCUGGGCCCCUGCUCAUUUACUUGCUCUUCUAUUUCCGGGUGCCCUUCAUCUACGGCCAUAAGUAUGACUUCACCUCCAGCAAGUAUUCUGUUGUACAGUAAGUACCUACAGGCCAAGGUACAAAGUACCUACAGGCCAUUUUUCUGUGUGUUUAGCUUGUAUUGGAAUACUACGCACUAGUUUUGCUGUGAUCUGAGCCCACACCAGGUCAAUGAGUAGAAUAUGUGUCCCAUCCCUCCCCCACCCACCCAUCCGCCUCCCUCUCACACUGUCUCAAGAACAGGAUACACAAAGGAACUCUUGAUCCUUAAAAUCUGUCCUAGAUUCCCUGCUCUAUUGUCAGCAUUUCUGGAAACAGGGUUUGAGCUGGCAGGAAAUAAAAGGAUUAUCUGUGGCUGUUGGGUGUAGAUGGAGCAUUACAGUGUUCCAUAGCUUCCUUAAGUAUUGGUUCUUCUGGCAGGAUUUUAGUUCAAUUUUUUUUAGGUCAGUUGACCCAACUUUGCUAGUUUAAACCAUUUGCUGCAACAAAUUUAAGGAAGACUUCCACAAAGGUCGCCAAGUAAUCCUUCUGAUCAAGGAAGCCCAGAAUGUGGAAGCUCAAAGCAGAAUUGCAGGAGGACUUCAGAGAACUGGUUAUAACUGUGUUCACUGGUCUUGCUCUUGAAAUGGGGCAGAAGGGUCUUUUGCAUUUCUCUACUAGAUUUCACUGCUACAAUAGCCUCUUAUUCUGCCUGCUCUGUUUCUCCUUUCCAGCCUGGCCUGCAUCUGCCACUCUUUCCACUACGUCAAGCGCCUCUUGGAGACCCUCUUUGUCCAUAGGUUCUCCCAUGGGACAAUGCCCUUACGUAACAUCUUUAAGGUGAGUGGUGCUGGGAAUGAGGCUAAAGGAGGAGGGUCAGGAAGGGGCAAGCAAUAAGACAGCUGUGGAGGGCAACCCUCAGAAUUCCUUACUGUGGUUUUCAAGAAGUAAACGGUAUUAGGCAUUUUCCUAGGAAUGAGGGGACGGGGUCUGGCUUCCUCCUCUGCUUGAGCAUUUCCCAGGCCGUGAAGUUGGCAUAUUCAGCACACCUCCAUUUUGCUACAACUUCACUGGAUAACUGUUUCUUAAUGUGUUUGUGUCUUUCUCUCCAGAACUGUACUUACUAUUGGGGUUUUGCUGCCUGGAUGGCAUACUACAUCAAUCACCCGUUGUAUACUCCACCAGGUGAGCCAAAAAAUGAAAGGGAAGCUGGGGAGGAGAUUUUGGUGGUUAGUGCUGGACAAGGAUCCCUAAUGGCUUUUAAAGCAGAUGGAUAUUAAUGGGGUUGAUCUUUCUUGCCUUGUAAUUUAGCAGAAGAAUGUCUGGGAGGAAGUCUCAGGCUGUGUUCACACAAGUCACUGUCAGCUCUUGGCAUGGGAGAUAAUGUCCUGCAGACUCAGUAAGGUGCUAAUUGGCCAACUUGACAUAUUAAUAGGUGUAUGAUCAUGACUGUAUGUGACUCUUGUGUCCAGGAAAUGCAAAAAGACUGGGGUGGUCGAGGUUCAAAUUCCCCCCUCAGCUGUUAAAUUCACCAGAUGACCUUGAGCCAGUCACACACUCUGCCCUAACAUUUUUUGUUUUGUCAUCCCUUCAGCGUAUGGACAUGAACAAGUGAAACUGGCACUUAUCAUUUUUCUGGUAAGAACUUAAGGAUGGAGUGUAAUAGCCCCAUGUGGAAUUGAAGUAGAUAAAUAUGUAUGUGUUAGAAAAUGGGGCAGGAGGCUAUAGGUGAACUUGGGGUGAAAGCUCAGUCAUGCAGAGGCAAGCGUGUAAAGCAGAGGAGUUAAUUUCUACAGAAACACAGCUGUGAAACAGUCAGGGCUUCCUAUUUACAUUGUGAGACUCGGCCCUAUACAGAGUGGGGAUUUUCAGGGCUGAAUAAGUGCUGGAUUUUGCACGAACUGAAAUGGUUCCCCCCACGUAACAGAAAGCUGGUGUUGCAUUGUGGAGUCAUGGGGGGUAAAAGGAGCUUUGAGGGGUGUGGGGGCAGAUCAGAUCAGUAACUAGGUCAGAACUCUGCUGUAUGGGCUGAGGACUAAGAUUGCCAGUGGUGACUGGAAAAAAUGAGGUUUUGAUAACUAGUGCCUGGGCUGAUGAAGAUGAGACUAGUUCCUAAUUUUCCUAUGGGUGCUACUGUGUUUAAAACCAAGCUGCCACCUUCUGGUUGUUGAUGUUAGCACCGUAUACUCAUGCGGCACUUGCUAGAGAAUGAGAGGGCAGGUUGCUUCCCCAUGGGGUUUACAGUCUAAAAAUAUCCAUGAGGGGGGACAAAAAGAAGAAUGGAAUGGAAAUGGCGCCAGGAUAAAUGGGGAAGAGUGACUUCAGUUGCCCAUGCUUUGGCUUAGUUACGGUAGGAUAGCCUUCGCCAACCUGGUGCCCUCCAGUUGUUUUGAACUACAUCCCUGGGGCUGAUGGGAGGUAUAGACCAAAACACCUGGAGGGCAUCAGGCUAGCAGAGGCUGCAGUAGGAAAUGGGUCUAGGGGUUUGUGCAUCAUAAUCCCCACUUCCUUGAUUUGAGCACUUGCUUACUGGUGCACAAUUCUAGGGCUCAGCUCUGGAAAAUAUGAAACAGUGGUACCAAAAAAAAAAGUGGCUGUGCGUUUAUGGAGGGAGAGGAUAUCCUGCACUGAGGGAGCAGGAUCCCUCCAAGCCGAUUCCUAAGAUUUUUGCAAAAAUGUGUCCGCACAGGCUUUUCGUGCAGAAAUGUCACUUGUGAUAAAGGGGGGGGGGGCAGGGAACCUGUGAGAGGUCAGUGCUUGGUCUCUUCACAUGCCUAUGUUGAAACUGACUCUGUUUUCUCUUGUAGUUCUGCCAGCUGGGAAACUUCUCAAUUCAUAUUGCUCUACGGAACCUGCGCCCUGCUGGUGAGUACAGGGGAGCCUUCUGGAGUGCCUCCCUAGCUACUAUAGGUGCAUGGCAAGGACCUACUCUGGGUCUGUCUUAAGGCUGUUUGGCUGAAGGGACACGUACCGUAAGGUACUGGCAGCCCAGAGUUGGUGAAACCCUGUGCAAUUGCUCUUCAACAGAAGAGAAAGUAUUGCUGAGAUUUGAGCAAUCCUGAAAACACUAUGAACAGUGAACUUAGGGCAUGUGUAAAUGUGCAUGACUCAUUUGUCCAACAUUGGUGGGUUUUGCAGAGUGUACGCUGUGUUUUGAAUAACCUUUGAGAGAAGAGUUGAGCAGGAGAGCAGAAGGACAUUGAGUUAAAGAGGUUAGGAUAGAUGCAGAUAGGGGUGGAGGAGAGACAAAAGAAAACAAGAGUGCAUAAGCUAUGGAAUUGGCUCCCACAAGAGGCAGUGGUGGCUGCUGACUUAGAUGCCCUUAAAAGAGGAUUAGACAAAUUCAUGGAGAAUAAGGUUAUCGGCGGCUACGAACCCUGUAGGAACAGGAUGCUGGACUAGAGGGCCACUGACUUGAUUCCGCAGGGCUUUCCUUAUGUUCCUAUGAGGAACAACCAAGAGGGACAAGGAAUUAUGUUGGUUAGAGCCUUGUUUCUGUGCCUUUUAUUAACGUCGUGGUACCUCUGGUUACGAACUUAAUUCGUUCUGGAGGGGUUCUUAACCUGAAACCGUGCUUAACCUGAGGUACCACUUUAGCUAAUGGGGCCUCCCACUGCCGCUGGCACGUGAUUUCUGUUAAGAACUUAACCUCAUCCUGAGGUUAAGUUCUUAACCCGAGAUACAACUUCUGUGUUAGCGGAGUCUGUAACCCGAGGUGUUUGUAACCUGAGGUACCACUGUACUCUCCUCUCCUCCUCCUUUCAAUCUCCUGCAUGCAUACACUUGCACAUGUGCUCUCUCUCUCACUUUUGCUGAGGUUGUGGAGGCCACAUAUGUCUUUAUCUAGCAUUGAUACUUUUUGGUAUUCUGGAUUCUGUGUGUCUAGGCAUACACACAUAUAUACGUAGUCCAACUGGGUUUUUGCUGCAGAAGAUCUUAGGCCAGAAACACCUCGACAGAUCUUGUUAGUGACCAUAUUUUUGUAAGCUUAUUCUGUGGGCUUCAGACAGAACAUAAUGUCUGAGAGAGGUGCCAAAUGAGGUUUAUUUACAUUCUGCUUGCCAUAGAUGGGCUGUGCCAAAGCAGCUCUCCAUUGAGUUGUAGUAGCUUGGUGUCCCUGGCUCAAAUCUCUGUCUGGUGAAAUGCAUAGUUGGAUGAGCAGGACCCCAUGCAGUGGUGUCUGCAGAUGCCUCAAGCUAGGAUGGAGCUGAGGAUGGUGGCGGCCACAGUUUUUCCUGGAGCCGCCUGUGAGGAGGAAGCAGAAUAAUGUUCUUGAUGUGCAAGUUGGUUCCACCAAAAAGCUCCCUGCUAUACUAGAGACAAAGUGCCUUUAAGUACAGAAAAUAGUACCAUUUAAAAGGGUGUGUGUGUAUAUUGCUAUCUUUAUGAAAUGAAUCAAACUCUUAAUUCUCCCCCUAGGUUCUAAAGCCAGGAAGAUCCCAUUUCCUACCAAGAACCCCUUCACAUGGCUUUUCUUGCUUGUCUCCUGCCCUAAUUAUACCUACGAGGUGAGAACAGGAUAGAACCCCACAGCAAAUUAUAAUCUGGAAGGUGCCUCAUGUGUCUUGUUCUGAACAUGUUUUCAUAUGUAUGGGCCUUUUCUGAAGUGUCUCCCCAUUUGUGGAAUGCUCUCCCUAGUUUGGUUCGGCUAGCUCCUUCAGUAUACACCUUUAGGCGCCAGGUGGAAACAUUCUUCAUCCAGGCCUUUGGCUGAUUAACACGAAAUUUAUUUAUUGUGAACCCAGUCGCAGUGCCAUCCCCAUCCCCCCCCCCAGCCCAAAGGCUACUGGGUUGUUGUUUUUUAAUGAAGGGUCAGUUGUGCUGAAGGGUCUUACCCACCUUGCCUGCCACAAUCCUGAGCUGGUGUUCUUCUCUUCCAGGUGGGAUCCUGGAUUGGCUUUGCCAUUAUGACUCAGUGCCUUCCAGGUAAGUCCUAGCCUGCUCUGAACAAAGACGUCAGGUCUUAAAUAAUGGUUUGCAGGGGAUAACAGUAGGGUUAUGAAUCAGGGUUGGUUGGUUGCCUGCAAGCCUCCCUCCAGUUCUUGGUCAGGGAUGUGGAAAUGUUUUUGGACUCCCAUCAGCCCCAGCAGUCUUGGGUGAUGCAUGCUGUGACCCUCCAGAUGUUGCAGGCCUGCAUGGUCCCAUAUCUGUUCUAGAUAAUGUAGCCCAAGACAGGUAUUGCUGUCUCAAAAAUCCUAGAUUGUCGUAGAGUGGCUUGAAAGUCCAGCUUGAACGUACCCAUGGGGCAUGUUUUUUGCCUGUAAUUUCCCAUCAGCUUGAGUAGUUACUUACGCCAAUAUGUGUUUACAGGCGUUUGGGGCAUGGAAAUUAUAGAGAUCUGUGUAGAUGCCUAAUGACAUGCAACUGUCUCUUCCCUUGUCAAUAGUGGCUCUGUUUUCCUUGGUUGGAUUCAUCCAAAUGACGAUCUGGGCAAAGGGGAAGCACCGAAGUUACCUGAAGGAGUUCCGGGAUUACCCGCCAUUGCGUUCCCCCAUUGUCCCUUUCCUGCUUUGAGCUGGAAGCCUCUGCCUUCUUUUGUCUGGGCCGAUAGUUCUGUUUUUGUUUUUUACCUUGUGAGCGAGUGUUAUUGGAGUCUAAAAUGAGAUUUUCUCUUGCUGUCUACACUGUAAUCUGAGGGAAGCUGUAGGGAUUUCCUUCCUUUUGUAAGUUACUGUCCCUCCCUACAGAAUCUUUGACCAUAUCCCAUUCCAAAGCCUUUCUGAGGCUGGGAGCAGCCUUCCCCACAAAGCGCCCAUUAAGUCAAAAGCUACAGCGAAGAGAACGAUCCAGUUGUAAAGAGAACGAAGCAGUGACUGAGCCCUAAGUCUGCAGGAGCAGGUGCCGAAAGCUAAAUCUAGGCAGCUGGAGCCUGGCCUAAAUGGAAUACUUUUUGCUCCACAUAGUGCUUAGGAGAGCAGGUCUCCUCAGCUCUAUGGUUCAUCAAUAUAAUUUAGGAGUUAAGUCUCCUAGCUCAGCUUUGUGCAUUCUCCUUGACUAAGUGAGCCCUCAAGUGCCGAAUACUGGCAUAGCAUAAAUCUUUUGUGCUCUUUCUGGGAUGCUUCCCCAUUCUAAAAGCUAGUAGUACCUUUCUGAAGGGCAUGAGACCGAUGCAGGUGAGGCUGUCUUCAUCUCUUACACACCCUCAGGCCCUUGCUCAAAAAAUAAGUGCCAGUUCCUGGAGGCUGAUAAGUAUGCUCUGAGCAGCCAAAUUAAGUAUGUUCUUCUCUUCCAAUGCAGAGGAUUGUGUUAAUUCUAGACACACAGGGCAGGCAGCAAGGUGCUAUGGGGAAGUGUUUGCAGAAACUGCUGCUAUAGAAGCAAAGGGGACAGAUCAGGUGUGACUGGGGAGCAGCUGUAGCACUUUAGUACCAUCUACAGUGCAAGCCAGCACCUCCUUCCUCACCCAAUAUGCUAAGCAUGAACUGUUUGGGAUGGUGGGUUUCAUCUUGAAUAGCUGGCAGAGCCUUGAAACGAGGGUAUGAAAAACAAGGCUGCUACAUAUUUUGUUCUCAGUCAUGCUACAAUUUUUUCCUGGACUUUAGGCCCACUCCUGUUUGUUUUGUGUAAGUGGUAUCAGAGCUGCUUUUGGAACCUUCUGCAAGGGAAAACUAUACCUACAGCUGCACUGAAGUUAUUUGGGGACGGGAAAUACUUCAAUAGCUUGUAGCUAUUUGUAGUCCCUAAAGAAGGAAGGAAAGGCUUUUAAUCUUACUUUGGGGGAAAUUCAACGUUACAGAAAUUUUGACAGCCUCCCUGAGAGGAACUUACUUCUCCUUUCCUAUUUAGUCUUAAUGUCACUAAGGUUGCAAUUCUACGUACACUUAUUUGGAAGCGAGCCCCAUUCAUCUCAGUGGAACUUACUUCCAAGUAAACAUGUCUAGGAUCAGGUUGAAAGUUUGCAAUAGUCUUAGUUUAUGCUGCAUGUGAGCAGUGAGAUACUGGAAACCUGCUAGGCUCCAUGGCAGCUGUUAAAAUGAGCCACUGACUUGUUAUGGUCUGUUUCAUAUGGAACUAUCUUCCUUCUUGGAUUUACACAAAUAAAACUAAUCCAUCCCCUGGA